AUGACUAAGGGGUACGUCGCCAGCAGGAACCGCACUCUUCAGCAUUUGUACGACAACAACAUCUCAGACAACAUCUUUCUGUCCGGCGACAGUCACCAGAACUGGGUUUCUGACCUCGCCUGGCUUGGCACAAAGCCCUAUGAUGCCGCCACCGGCUCGGGAGCCAUCGGCGUCGAGUUCGCAGGAACAGCCGUCACCUCUUCCGGCUCCAGCGGUACCAUUGCCGCCGUACAAAAGGCGACCAAGACCAAGGUCGACAACAACCCAGAGUUGCAAUGGCAAGAAGGGUACUACCGCGGGUACUUCCAUCUAUCAAUCAAGAAGUCCAAGAUCGAUGCCCAGUUCUUUGGUUCGCCCAGCGUAGCCACCCGCAAUGGCUGGGACCUGCCUCUGGCAAAUUUCACCGUGCUUGCUGGUGAUGAUCACUUGCAGAGACCGGUUGGGGGCGGAAGAGUUGAGGCAGGGAGCUUGAAGGGAGGUAAGACGGUGGGGACGAACGUGACGCUUGAUACAAACGGGUGGAAGUGGGAGACGGUAGGGUUUGAGAAGAUGUUUGUGAUAUAA